AUGACCCUGACGUCGUAUAAGGGGAUAGGGGACCCAAAAGUCCAUGUCACCAAGUUCGAGUCUAUGAUGUUUCUCAACAGUGAUUGUGAUCCCAUUCUAUGCCGAUCCUUUCCCACUUUCCUAGAUAGAGCUGCCUUACUGUGGUUCUCUAAUCUGCCUGCAGGGUCCAUCACCAGCUUUGAUGAAUUCGCCAAGAUGUUUAUCAAUCACUUCGCAGCAUCAAAAAUCUAUGUAAGAGACCCAGAUUAUCUCAGCACAAUCAAGCAAGGCCCGCAUGAAAGCCUCAAGGAUUACAUGACGCGUUUCACCACAGCAGCUAUGGAAAUCCCCGACUUAAACCCAGAAGUACAAUUGCAUGCUAUCAAAAGUGGCCUCCGACCAGGAAAGUUUCAGGAAGCCAUAGUUGUGGCCAAGCCAAAGACACUAGAGGAAUUCCGAGACAAAGCCACGGGACAGAUUGAAAUAGAGGAACUGCAUGAGACGCAAAGGAAUGAAAGACCACCAUCAUGA